UACAGAACAUUGUCUUUAUUAUUUGUACUUUUAGAAGAAUUAUUCCAUAAUUGUGUCUACACGCAAGAUGAUAUAGUCUAGGAUCUAUCCGCAUAGCAACUAUAGAGCCUUAGGUAUCAUCACAAGCUAAAAAUAUGGGAAUAUUCUUUGAGAAUUUCAAAAGUUUGAGAAGUUACUGAAAGUUCAGUGCUUGGUGYACUCAAUAUUUACGUUCAUAUAUAUAGUGGAAUUCUUCUGAAAAUCUUUCACGAUGGCUAGCAAACUAAUGGAAAUGAUUGAAAAAAGAACUAAGCCUCCUAAUGAAGAGAAUAUAGGGAAAGUUAGCUCACACUGGAAGCUUAUUCGUGAUUCCGUUGUGAAGGGAACUGGAGAAGAUCCGGCUAAAGUUGACAAGAAAGCUUCUCGUACAGUUGGACAUGGAGUACACAAGRUCUCUAAGAUUACCUCUGAUUAUGGUUUUGAAGUUGUAGUUUACRACACUUCGAAUUCUCAGUACGCUGGUAUCAGCCCUGAAGGACGUAUUACUACAUAUUUACAAUCUGGAAUUCAGAAACAUGUAAAUAAGUACUUGAAUGUACCACUUUGUGGAUUAGUGUAUGCUACCAAGACUAGACAAUAUGUGGGAUGGGGACAAGAUGARAAUAUACAACUCAUGUCAGAGAGUUUUAAACUUCUUAGCACAACUUCAACRUUAAGCAGAAUUUUUUGUGGGGUUUUUAAUGAGGCAACCAAUGAGAUUAUCACUGGAGGAACAGGGCAUAUAACGUGCUGGAGCUUUAGAUAUGGAGCCAAAUAUCUACUGCAAAGAAAAGCUAUUACUGAUGGUUUGCUAAAAGAWAGUAAAGUAACUCAAAUCUGCUUGGAGGAGACCCAGAGCAGGACUCAAAAAUGUUUUGCUGCAUAUGACACCAAUGUUAUUGUACAUUCAUUGCUUGAAGGAAAGUGUCUAGCACAUUACAAGGAUCUACACUCCAGAGAGAUCACUGCACUGUUGUUCUUCAAUCCUCUUAAGUAUCUUGUAACCGCUGCUAGAGAUGGGUCCAUCAAACUCUGGAACAAUAAAGGCAACAUCCAGAUGAUAUUCAUUGGCCACCUGAAGUCCGUCAACACCUUAGCCGUCUACCCAUUUGGUCCCUAUAUUAUGUCAGGAUCAAGCGACAACACCAUAAGGGUCUGGAGUCUUGAUACAGCAGAUGAGGUGGACAGAAUACAGACAGACAGCCCUGUAUUGGGUCUGGGGACAAUUGUCRGCAAGGAUGAUCUUUAUUCUUUUACCUGUAAAAGUCUUGACUUGUGGAAGAUAAGCCAUGUUCAUAGUGUUUAUACGACUGUUGGGAGUAARGUGAAGUCCAUGAAACCAACUACACAUCCACAGUACCCAGUACGYAUGGUGUGCACCUGCAGCGAUGCUACUGUGCGUCUCAUAUCUCCUGGUUCAGGAGCAUGUGUAACAUCUUUGCUUGUGCCUGGGAUGAACACCAUCACUGAUGUUGUUUGCGCUGCAGCUGAGAAUCUUCUUUUUACACUUCUUUCAAAUGGGACAAUCAUCAAGGCCUCUACCAAAACUAAUCCAUGUAAAAUAUUAGAAGAAUGGGAUAAGGAAAGUACUCAAGAAAAUAUCUGAUCUUGUGCUUUCAUUUCCAUACAAUAUAUUAUCAUAGGAAUUAAAGAUUCAUAGUCGUGAUCAAUAAUUGUCUGAUUGCAGGACAAGUUAGAUAGUGACCAGUGGGGUGAUCUGGUCACAACAGCACUGAAGGCAAAUCAACACUYCCUGGACAGCGAGUUUGACACCAAACCUAAAUCAAGCAGUUAUGACAGAACUCUAUUAUUGGGAGGCUGUGUGGAUGGUACUAUUGUCGUCUAUGACUGGCAAAACAGGAAGAAACCAGGCCAUAUUUCAUUUCAAAUUGAGGCACAUCGUGAAGAGAUCGUUACAAUGAUAGCAAACCCUGCCGUUGAUCAAGUCAUCUCUGCUGGUUAUGAUAAUUCAAUCAAGAUCUGGCGACUGUUUCCAUUUGCCGAAGAAGCCCUUGCACCACUGAUGUCUCUGUACUGUCAGGAGACACCCAGACACCUGGCUGUUGCACAUCACAGGCUCCUUGUCGCACUGCAUGAGCCCGCUACUGCAUCGUACAACGUGGUGGUGUUUAAAACUACUCAAAAAGAGCGCUUCGACCAUAAUAGCGAUAACGACCAUACCGAUGAUAUCACAAGCGUUGCCAGCUGUACCAAGAUGAGACURUUUGCCUCGUGCAGUCUGGAUGGGUCCAUCCGUAUAUGGGACGAAUCCAAUCACCUUGUGAGAGUCAUCACCCUCAAUGCCCUGCCAAGCUGUCUGUGUUUUAGCAGUCAGAAGGGUGACCUUCUUGUUGGGAUUGGUAACCAUCUGCACAAGAUCGAGUACGCUACAUACAUGCCACGUUCCUAUAUCUACCGCAUGGUUGCCAUGGAGUUCCAGAGACCAGUGGCCGAGAAUCCUAUUCCAAUAGACCCUGAGGUCAAGACCAACAUGACUCCAAACGACCUACACCGACUGACACAAGCCAAGUCUUCUGUGUUCAAGUUUGAACGAUUUGCUGAUUUAUUGUCGCCGGAAGAGAUGGAUGAGAAGGCACAGGAAGAAGAACGCAGGAGCAAGGCUUUUGCCAAGAUCCAAGAACGUGAGAACGAGCUCAAGAAACUUCGUGACGGAGUGUACGAAUUCCAAAAGCGUAAACCCCGCCCCAACAGUGAGUUAGUGAACCGAGAUGGCUUCAACCGUUACCUGGCUAUCUUCUACAAACGCCCGGGAAUCGAAAUCCCAGACGAAGAUGAAUUCUAUCGUGAAGAUUCAAAACAGUACGAAGACCCGGAUACCUACGCACCUGACAGGCAGCCCGUAGGGUUCUUCGCCAUAAAAAUGAACUCAAAACGAUCAAAGAAAGAACGACCAAGUUUUAAGAAAGAUAUCAUGUCAUUAUCAAUGCCGGAAUUCCAACCACAAGUGCGGCCUCYUUCUCAAGAACCCGAGGAGGAAUCCGAGGAAACAGAAGGAGAAAAAGCACGUGAAUUUGCCGUCAGUCGUCAAGGCAACCUAGCAGACGAAACGGAAGUUGAAGGAAUAGAUCGACCGGAAGUAGAAUCCCUGGACAGACCGGAAAUGAGUCCAAGAAGCAAAUCCAUGGUUUCAUUGAAGAGCAAAGACUAUAGGAGCAUGGCUAUCGAGCCUCCUUUGAUAGGUCCUUCGCAAACUAAUGAGCAAUAUAUUAUCGAUGUACCGAAGACUGAACGAUAUCCUUCUUCGACGAUGUGUCGGCAUAUGGUCGCUCAGCGCGCAACGCGAUUGGUUUCCCGAACGAUUUCCGACGAUGGCCGAGAGACUUUCGUUAUCGCGCCGGAUGGGUUUAUACCCAACUCGGUGGUCGUGUCUCUGUUCAAGGACCUUAAAGUUGAAACACCAAAGGAACGAAAAGAAUGGAAGCCUCCAACAUUGACAGCUGAACAGCUGGCUGAGAUAGAAAAGAGAAAAAAGAAACGCGAGCCGUCUCCAGAGCCAUCACCACCCAAAAAGAAAACGCCCAAUCGUUUCGAAGAACAGCUAAACCGUGCGUUACGAGAUAUCCCAUUACCUGAACCGGAACCGGAAAUAAACUUGAAAUCUCCGACACCACCCCCAACACCACCCCCCAAAGAACCCACGCCACCUCCGUCACCCAAGCCUUCUCCCAAGAGAGAAAUAAAACCAGUCAGGAAGAUCGAGAAACUGAUAACAAGACCAAAACCUCCAACACCACCCCCUCCAACACCACCCAGAGAACCAACCCCUCCACCACCACCUCCUACUCCACUACCAGAAUUCAUCGCACAAUUCAAAGGGACCUUGUGGUUUGAUAAGUUCUUUCCUGACGCUCAACCAGAUACGUUCCCUAAGCCAUGGUCGGUCGGUAGUUUCGUGCAGAUCCUUCUACGGGUUCUACAGGAGUGUACUGACUACGAACUGAAGACACAGAUCCUUGCUGCUAUUUUGCUUCUAAAUCGCCAAGAACCCUUCGAGAAAGACUGUUCAGAGUUGGUUAGUCGAUCACUGAUUGCUGAGCUCAAUGUGCCAUUUCCUCCAACUGCGCACGGCUCGUCUGUUGCCAAGCAGUUCAUACGUGUUGAUCUGCAGCUGCUACAGGAUAUGAGGAUAUUCAAUAAGUCGUUUAUGGUGGAGUUGAUGGCACAGUAUAUCGAUGGUGAUGAGGAAAUAAGGAAAUUCGUCCAAGAUCUCUUUGUUUCUAUCGGUAUUCGUGACCCUGGAGGCUACUUCCCUAAAGAACUGGACAGCUUUGAGACAGAGGGGUUCGUGGACCAGAGACGCAAGGCUCGUAUUCGUGAGGUGUGUAUCACUUGGCUGGACAAGUGGUUGACUCAGUUCAAGCAGCACAUCAGGUCACUGGCGGGCAAGAUAGGACGAGCACAGGCUGGGAAUGUCGUCAAGGGUACAAAGGAGCCCAAGACACCUUCGUCUAUCAAAGGUAUUCUGAAGAAGGAUGAUAAACCUGAAGCCAGCAGAUCCCAAGUCAAAUUUGACAUCGAGUCGUUGGGCAGCAUGGCAGCGGACAGCGCUACUCCUGUAGAAGCGGUGAAUUAUUUCUGUGAAAUACGAWUGGAGGAGGAACUAGAGAGAGCUAGACUGCGCUCACGAGCUAAAACCCCCCCACCACAAGCGAAAGACAACUCGCGCAACACAGUACUUGUUCUACCAAAAAUACACAGUAAGCGAAGUCUGGCUCGACUUGGUGAGACACACUGUAGUCACUGUCAUCCUGAACGAGAGACGUCCCUGUCUUUAGCAUUUCCACUUCCCUCGAUCUACAAGCACAAGAAGGAGAUUCCUCUAACAAACGUAGCCCUUCACCUUAACACACAGACCAUCAACCCGUUCCCAGACGAGGCGGAUACUUACCUGUACGAACCGACUAAGCAUGCCAAACUACUCACCUUGAGAUCUUCACAGAAAUACUUUAUUCCUUCUCAGUCUGUUGUAACAAUCUACGACGAUAAUUUUAGCUAACUUGUAUAGUAAUUUAGAAAUAGAAUUCCCAGUAGGGAAUGAUUGGGAUCCYUGUGUUGACGCCCGUAACACAGGAAGCCCAAACAAUAAAAAUGUAAGCAUGCGAUUAUCAGCAAUGACAACAGAUAUGGAUUUUUUACAAAGGAUAAAUAAUGCGCAAAAACAAAUGCGCUUCAAUUAUAAGAAUUAUUUGUAAGCAAAGCAAA